CGUCCAUCCUCAUCAUCUUAAUCGUCGUCAUCUCGUUCGGCAGCCCGUCCCGCUUCUCGCUCCCGACACGCCGCCUGCGGACACGUCACCGUCUCCGCCGCUCAACCCCCGAUUGCGCGUGCUUACACGACUUUAUUUCGGCCUGCGCCCGCUGGCACGUGUCCUUUGGCUGUAGACACCUGUUGACUUUUGUUGGGGUUGCAUCCAGCCUCAGCCUUAUGCGGGCUGAUCGCCAGACCGCCAGAACUGGCCUAGAUCCGCUCAGCCAGGAGGGUCGCAAGCAGGCACGCUGGCAUCUAACCUGACACCCUAUUGCUACGUAUAUUCCCUGCAGCGUCCUCCUUCUCCGCCUCCUGCGAUUCUUUCUCUCUUCCUCUCUCGCUCUCUCUCCCCUCCUCUUUCACAGACACAUUGUGUCGACAGCUCACCCAACUCGACCCCACUGACGGACUGGCGUUUCGUCUCCUGCACCAGCCUUCUCCCUCGCUCGUUCACCUCAUCGCCGUCUUCUUCAGCCCUCCGAUGCACGAGCUUAAGCGCCGCCCCUCACUCGCUCCCGCCCCCACCGCACCGCACCCGCCCACAAAGCGCCCGUUAUGAGUGAGGACAGUGCCGCUGUGGCCAAACGACACCAUGGCGUCUCCAAAUUCUUGAGCAAAGACCGGUGGCGCGAGAAGCUGGCCAACAACCUCACAGGGUCCAGCGCCUCACCCGAACCCCACGCACCCGGAGAAUUCACCCUCAGUGACGAUGUCAACGAUUUUCUCCGGCCUUCGACGUCCAAAGCUAGGCCCGUCUCACCAAAAGCACCCCGCAUUGGAAUCGAUGUCGCUGCAGCCCAGAGAUGGGCCUCCGACGCCGCCUCUUCGGCUGCGGGCCACAGCCUGCCGACCCCGUCCAUCAUGCGAAAGAAAGACUACCCUCGCCGAGCGCUCAACCUCGUUGUUCAAUUCUCGAACACAAUGCCGGAAAUAAUAGGGGAGGGCGGCGACGACUCUGACGAGCCCGUCAUCGAGAUAGCAAAGAGGCUUGAGCAGAGCGGGCGGCGGAGACCCCGUCCUCUCCUGCCCCCACGCCCGAUCACUGCACCGGAUACAGCGCAACCUGUUGUCCACGAACUGCCCCGGACGCAUGAGCUUGAAGUUCAGACGGCCGCACCUGAACUCGCGGCGAGACAGCUGCUCAGUGACUUGGAUCAUCUCCAAGAACCCGUGCACCUAAGCGAGCAGUCCAGGAAUAAUAGCUUCCCAACAGACGAGCCAGACUUCGUGCCCAAGCCAAUCAAGCGGACGCAGACCCGAUUCAGCGACCUGGGCGACGACGAAAACGGUAACGGCAGCAGCAGUGAGAAUGCCCGUCCAAGCGUAGACAGCGGAUCGGUACGUUCCACACGUUCCGGCAGCGAGCCCGGCCAAGUCGCGAGUCCAGCCUCCCGCAGUACGAGCUACCGGCAGCAAGCUCUACAAUCUACGCUCGACGGUUCGCCGCUGCAGUUGCGGACUACCCGACUGGAGGACCUACAUUUCGGCGGCAAGAGGAACUCUCUCUCGUCACCCACGUUUCAGGAGAAGAUAUCUAGGAUGCGAGCUGAAGAAGGGCAGGCCUUGCAUUCUGCCGUUGAGAAAGAUCCCUUUCUGGAUCAAUUCGACACGUCAAACGAACCCGUCAGCGACCAGUCAGCCGCUGGCGAAACGACUACCCAAAGAUCCAUGUCUCAGGGUCGGCCCUCACUGCAGCUGGGUCAGAACCCCUCGUCUGCCGCGGCCACUCUGAACGUACAAUCGCAGUUCUCACAAGUGCCUUCACCUUCGCUCUCGGUUGCCGAACCAACGCCUAGCGUACAGCCGCAUACUACCAUCCCUCCGCGCAAACCCAUUGUGCCCUCGCCCGUCGACGUUCAGCUGCGGCCGGCACCGAGUGAUCCGGACCAAGGUCCAGCGCCCCGUGUCUCACCUGCUUUGAAUGUCACCAUUCCAAACAGACUGGAUUAUUCUCAAACAUCCAAUUCGUCACCUCCAUCAAGAGGCUCCGAAAGUGCCGUUGGCUACGUGCCGCUGGCUACCGCUGCCGCGACCUCGUCGUCUAGUACCCCGGGAUCAAUUACACCUAACACGGCCUCGUCGUUGAGGCCGCCGACUAAUGCAACGCCCAACGCGGCACUCGGUCAGAUCGCUUUGGACGACUUUGCGGAUCGUUGCUCGCACAUGAGUGGCAUUUUUCGACUCCAGGCAGAGUUUGAGCGGCCCAUGUACGAAUUCACGCCUCUACAGUGGCUUCGUGCCGCAGUCUGGUGGUUCCUGCGCGGCCGUCUGGGUGUAGAAUCGCUUGUAAGGAGCAAACCUCGCAGCAUAGACGGACGAACGGACUUUGUACACGGUCAAGAGCUGCUUUCUCAACCGCACGUCGACCUUGCAAAAGCGUGGUGGAUCUUGGUGGAACUCAUACCGAGCCAUCCCCAGUUGCCCGCUUCUGAGACCGCUGAUUAUGCCGAGCGAUCCAUGGAAGCUCGGAAUGCGGCCGACUUGGCUACAGCAGAGCUAUUUGAGUCGUGUGACGUGCUCAUGUCAAAUCUAAAGAGCGUGUUAGCUUCGAUGAAGCGUAACGGCGUGAUGCCACCCACUCAUGCACUCAUCCAAGGUCAGGACCAGACGAUCUGGAUCAAGUAUCCAGAGCUUUCGGCAGCCUUACACCCUAUCUUGUCCGGGUUGAACGGCCGUGCUCUGACAGAAGUAGUCAACAUUCCAAAAUUCAGCCCCCUCUCCGUCAUGGCCGUUACAGACACUCGGCUGGACUUUAGUUACAACAGGUGCUUCGUCAACGCGAUGCUAGGGACAGGUGAUCCAGACAUUGAGCGUAUUCCGCUUCCAGCUGUGGUGUCGGUGAUGAGGGAGCGCAACGACUGGCACCCGAAGCUUACCAUCUGUACGCAGAGGGAACUCGUCACGAUAUGCAUACAGGGCGACAGGAAGCGUGGACCGUCGUGGCAGGAUGUCAAGUGGAGCGAGUCGAGUCGUUCACUGCACGUGGGCCUACCCCAUGGUUACUCGCUGAGUGUGCAACUGAACGAACCGGACUUUAGACAGCUCUUCAACUUGUACAAUCACACUUUCCGCGUCCAGAGCAGCUUGCUGCCCCUGGCCAACGAACGAAUCGUGUACGAAACAUCGCUCGUGGACUUCCAAUAUAAAGACUCGCGGCAACCGCCUGCCUUUCCGCCGGAUCGUGUCAAGCGGUGCAGGAUACGUAUCUUCGCCAAGACAGAGACCAAGUACGAAGGCUCGGGAGAACGCAAAAUCUAUCGCGGCUUCCGCGUCCUGGCUGUCACAAGUCCAAAGAAUCGUAUCCUUGGCAGCGCGAGCCAUGACGUUGGGUUGCGCUACCCCACCCUCGUCGCGGCCGUCAAGGACACUGCAAACCCAAGUCUGCCCGCCCAAACAUUGUAUGUGCAAGAGGACAGGCGGCAAUGCAGCCUCCUCAUGGUGUUUGGUAACGAGCAGGACUCGCGUAUGUUGCUCGACACUCUUAAUAGCUUCGUUCUGGUUCAGGGCGAAACGCAGGUUGCGGCAGUGAGGUUGAAGUCUCUCAACAUCGAGUCUAGCGACCAAGCCGACGCAUUCUCGGGAAGUUCUAAGAAUCCUUUUGCCAAAAUGCACUGGCGUGAGGUUCUGACGCUGAGCAAGAACCAAGAGACUCCUGGGAGCGGCUUCGAGAGUCUUGGUCCGUCGGAUAGUCUGCGUGUCGUUGCCCAGGCUGGCGAGGGCACUCUAACGGACCGCGUCGACGUAGGACCAGGCGAGCUCAAACUGCGUCUCUCUCCGGACGGCAAACCCGACCUGACAAUCCUGCGCGGCGCACAGGAGUCCUUGUCCAUUACGCUCGAUCCGUCGCAGGUGCCGCCUCAGCUACCCGUCGACCUGGCCGACAUCCAGCGUACCGCUUUCAUGCUCCCUACACUGCGGACCCUCUCUUUUUUCUCCCUUGAGGACUUGCAUGCUUUCCAGGCAUCCAUCACCUCAUUCCACGUAACAUAUGACGGUCUCGCACAGACGUUCACGAUAGCACGUCGACGGCCCGUCACUGCGUUGUCACGGCACAAGAAGCUCGAGGCCGGGACUUCUAGGAUUCAAGUCGUAUCGCACGAGCGCCAACGCAUCGUCCAGCUGCUCGCUUUUUUCGACGACAUGCCACAGGCCGACUGCCUCAAUUUCCAGCUCAAAGGAGUUGACCAGUUCGAACGUUACGAGGACAAGCACGCGAAGGGAAGGUAUGGCGUCAAGCUGGUGGACGCGAAGUUCACGUUGCCCAUCAAGGAGAAACCGGACAAAGAGGACAGGGGUAGCAGGAGUGACACUCCGGACAAUGGUGGGACAAAGUUUGCGAAUCUCGAGAAGAAGUUUGUUAGCUUGGAUGCGUUGGAGCCUCCAGCGGAAAACGACGACAUCUUUGUGGGAUUUGAGAGCGAGCAAGAACGUGAGAGGUUUUUGCAAGCGCUUCCCGCUCCACCGCAGGCUCAUAAAGGUUUGACCAUUCGAAGACGGAUAUGAGAUGGGUGCAUGAAAGCCGAGGGAAUCAUUCCCACUUGUGCCUUUUUUUCGUUUGUUACAAGUUGACUGUCAGGACCGGUUGAAAACAGCGUGGAAGGUUCCCCUGGCGGUAGUAUCUCCGAUGAGCGUUCGCGUAGAGCAUGUUUGGAGCUUGGAGCUAGUUUUACGGGUUGCUACUUGGAUGGGCCGCAUUUAGUCGACCUGGCUUGCAUAUGGGAGGGAGUAGCUGGAUUGAUUGAAUCCAGAACUAUAAAGAUGUACUAACGACAAGUGGAUAUAGAUCGCUGUCCUUCAUUGUCCUUUGUGCAAAUUUGCAAAAGGACGAGAUAUCUAUCUCCCUUUGAAUCAAUUCAUUACGAGGCGAUCAUCUCUAGAACACGUCCUUGUUGUUUUCUUUCGCG